AUGAUUUCGGGAUACGCCGUUGGUGUAGGAUGUGCCGAUACAUGCUAUGGCGAAAAGAAGGUGUACUGCGCAUACGAAGGGUGCACAGCUAUGACUUACUUCGGCUUGAUCUAUGGAGCCGGAUCUGGUCCAUGUAUGGCCGAUAGUGACUGCACUACAUACCCCGGUUCCACAUGUAAUAUGGAAAAUGGACUGUGUGUUAAAAAACCGGACACUCCUCUCUGCCCAUGA